CCCCGAGGACGGCGCUUCAUCUCGAUGAGGAAGCCGCAGAUCACACUCUGGACGACAAGCAACCAUCACCACCAACGGAUACGAACGUCGCUCAGGCUAAAGUACCUGUGCUAGCCUACAAACUGUGGACUUGUUUCGGAAACUUGAUUGAGCUGGAGGAAAGGAAGCCGUGGCUGGGUGGCUUCAUAUCAUUAUUACAGACUGCUGCCGUCAACGGGCCAUGGCGAAUUGCGGGGCUCGAUGGUCCCCUCGACAGCUGCCAACAACGGUUCCUUAUGUUAACGCCGUUAUACUCCCUCCACUUCGUCCCCUCCCUCCCUAUCUCGUACUACCCCUCCGUUUUGAAUCUCGCCUUUCAUCCCCACCUCUUGCGGGCGGAUCCGAUAGAAAAUCAUUUUCUCUCUCUUUUAGUCUUAUUUUGCUGUUUUACGAUGAGAGACUAACCAAGCUAACCAAUGGCCUUUUGCUUUUCUGCAGACUCCUCUCGCAUCACUUUCAAUCCCUCUUCGACCCCUCUCAUCUACCAGCCCUCCUUCGGUCGCUCCGAGGCGCCCUGUUCCCUAACAACAGCCCCGGUUCGUCCACUCUUGCAGCUCCCCAGUCGGAAGAAGAGCUGCUCGCCCUGCGCCGUAGGGCCGCCAGCGCAAUACGGGGCCUGCUCCCCACAAGUGUGACCCGCGUGUACUUUGGCGGUCGGCUUUGGCGCUUGGGCGGGUUACUUGGCGACAAUUUCGGACGGUCGUCUGCCGCAGUUGACGGGGAAGAUGAGAGAGUCUUGGAUGAGUUAGAGAGUCUCCUCGACGUUGUUGGAGACGAGUACUGCAACAAACAUUUGAUGUACAGUGUGCUGGAGCUUAUUCUCGUGAGGCUGAUGCCAGAGCUAAGCGAGAAGGGCGUCAUGGAGCUAUGGGAAGAAAGACUUGGCUAAUCACCCACGAACAUAGAUCAUUUCCCUUCAAGUAAUUAUCAAGUGCAUAAACGGAGCUUUUUUGGCAUAUGUAGAAUAGACAUGACCAGCAGUAGUGUAGCACGAUUUUCCGUCUAGCCCCUGUUCUAGGUCCUGUCUAAUAGACAUACCUCCACAUAGAUAAAUCCAUCCACAUGU